CCGGCAGUGGGAGAAGAUGGAACAAGAUGGAAUUUGGCCUACAUUCUGCAAAUUUUCUCAUCGAUGAAACAUUUAAUUUCAAUACAGUGUUUUGUUCCCAAAACUAGCAACUGUUAUGAAAAGAGUAGACUACGUUUAGUAGGCUUUGCCCUUUGAAAAAGUUUUAGAAAAUCGCAAUUUUUAGGAGUGCAGAGGCGAAUUUAGUUAUUGCAAACGCACACUUCAGAGUAGGCGUCCCCUAACGGAAAUAUGCAGAUGAUGCUAGAUCGCGCCAAUAGGAUCUCGCUAGAUGUCUGCCCACUGACUCAGUUGUUCCCGUUGGAUAUGUGGACUGUGGUCAAUCUUGGUUUAGUUACAAAAAUAUUUGUUGUCACCAUCAGCGAAUGAUACAUCAUUGGUCGCCAUACAUAAACACCCACUUCCUCAUAUUGCAGCUCUAGAUGUUUGUCUCUCCGCCCCUUUCUUUGUGAUAUACAUAUUUGACAAAUAGCAAUGCAUAAAUCGAAUGACAGGCACAGCCGUGGACCAAUCAGUGAUCUACUGGUGCUGCCCUCUAACAGACCGAAAGCUACCUGAGCAAGUCCUACUUUGUUUAUGUCACAUAGCUAGCUAGCUACAUAGCUUGCUAACUGACAGCUUCAAGAGUGCUGUUUUCUUACGAACGUUCGCUACACCGAUGCAUACAUUUCUGCCGUAGAAGUUAAAUCUAGAUGUACAGGAUCUGGGUUUGAUCGGUGGCAGGGCUGAGAUGUUUUGUUGAAUGAAGGAGCGAACGCCCUGGUGCCGUUAGGAGAAUGAACUCCAUCACCGGUCGGGAUCACCCUGUCAACUCUGGAGCUUCAUCUUCUCGAGCCUUGCACGUUGAGCUCACAUCUCAGCAGAGGCGGUUACGUCAUCUCAGAAGCAUUGCAGCCCGCAACAUUGUCAACAAGAAUGGCUCUCCACUACUGGACACAUAUUUUACCCUUCAUCUCUGCUUAGAGGACCGGAUAUCCAGAGACUUUUACAAGAGUGAGGUCAUCCGAGAUUCAUUGAAUCCAACAUGGCGGAGCCUGGAUUUUGGCAUGCUGCCGGACCUCCUGGACACGUCUGUGUCCUGCUUUGUGGUGAAGAUCUGGGGCGGCCGAGAGGAACAGUUCAUACUUCUCAUAGAGUGGAAGGUCAACCUGGACGGGCUUAGAUACACAGGGCAACAGAUCCGCUCCAGGAAUCCAAAUGAGAUCAUAUUUGGAUUGAAUGAUGGCUACUAUGCAGCUGACUUUGAUCAUAAGGACCACUCUGAGAGGAAGAAGAACAGUUUACUCCAGGUGGACCAGAGUUCAGUGAGGAACUCCUACAGUGUCUUCUCUCUGCUGAGGCUCCACACGGCCCAGAGAGCCAUCAAGCAGACCCAGGUGACCGUGCAGAAGAUCGGCAAGGAUAUUGAGGAGAAACUAAGGACGACAACGGCCUGCACCAAGCGUAAGAAGGAGCGGGAGUGUAUGCAGCUGCGUCUGGGAACGCUACGCAGUGAGCUGGAGAGACAGAGGAAAGCCCUGGGCCGGGAGACAGACCUGCGACAGAAGGAGAGAGCAGUGCUUCAGAAGAAAGAGGAAGCAUUCUCCACCAAACACCGGAGUCUGGAGCUUGAGAGGGAGUCGUUAACAGAGCAGCAGAAAGAAUGCACUGCCAAAAGGGAGCUGUUCCUCAAGUCCAAUGCUCAGCUCACCUUCCGCUGUCGCCAGCUCCUCUCUGAGCUGUCCUACAUCUACCCCAUCGACUUGGUCACCACGGCCGCUAAUCAGUCCGAUUAUGUCAUCUGUGGAGUGAAGCUGCCCAACUCGGAGGAUUUCCAAGCGAAGGAUGAUGGGAGCGUGGCGGUUGCCCUGGGUUACACGGCCCACCUGGUGCUGAUGAUCAGCUGCUUCUUGCAGAUCCCUCUUAGAUAUCCUGUGAUCCACAAGGGUUCCCGCUCCUCCAUCAAGGACACCAUCACAGACAAGCUCAGCGAGAAGGAGAGAGAAUUCCCCCUGUACCCUCGAGGAGAACGCUUUCAGUUUGAAUAUGGAGUCUACCUGAUCAACAAGAACAUCGCCCAGCUGAGAUACCAGCAUGGCCUGUCCACUCCAGACCUCCGUCAGACCCUGCCCAACCUCAAGAACUUCCUGGAGCACGGCCUUCUAGUCCGAUGUGACCGGCACCAUGUCUCCAGCUCCAUCCCGGUCCCGACAGGAGCCAAGUCUCAGCUCAGUGUCUCGGCUGCGUCCGAAGUGGGCUUCCCCAGCCACACCAGCACUCCAGAUCCGGGCUCUCUGAGGAAAAGGGCCAGUUCCGAGGCAGACAAGCAGAAGUACAAGGCCUCCCCUCCUCCCAGCUACGACACGACCAUAUCCAUGGACCAGCCCCAGAGUGCACCGCCCGACCCCAAACCCUCCCCCAAGCACUUGUCCUCCUCCCUGGACUCUAGCAUUGACCUGGCCAAGACUCUGGAGGUUCAGGGACCAGCCCUGGGGGAGGGAGAACGAGAGGUAGAAAGAGAGGUAAAGGAGGUUGUGGAGGAGCAAGAGCAACAGCCCUCCAGCACUACUACAGGAGGCUCAGAUUCUCCCACUCUGGCGGGAAGCACCACCAGUGAGCAGCAUGCAGACCAUACCAUGAAUGGCUCAGUAGUGCAAGGCGAGGGGCUGGGGGGGCCCGCAACAGGGCUAAUGUUGACCAUAGCAUUAAACCCAGAGAUGUGCUGCUCAGUGGAGCAGGCAGAGGAGAUUAUGGGGACAGAGGCCACAGGCCUGGGUUUAGAGAUGGGCCUUGUGGAUGGGGCCAGGCUGGAGGACUACCCCUGCAUCCCCGUGGAGCACGCCGUGGCUGUGGAGUGUGACGAGCAGGUUCUGGGCGAGCUGGAUGCCGCCGGCUUCGAGGAGUUCUCCCGCCGCAUCUAUGCACUAAACGAGAACAUGUCCAGCUUCCGCAGGCCACGCAAGAACUCUGAGAAGUGAGGACAGGUGGGACCUUAGGAGUGAGGACAGGAGUCACAUGGCACAUGAGUCAGGGACAUGAACAUAGUGCAGGGGGGGUCCUGUGUGUGUGCUUUGGUGUGAUUGUCCCUCUCCCCAAGCAGCAAUAGAAAAACAAACAUAGGCGCUACAUUAUCUGGAAUGAUGACCAAUUUGCACUUCUUCUCGAAAAAUAUUUCUAUAAUCCUUUAAAUGAAAUAAAGCGAAUGUUUGUGAUUGAAAUGCUUCCUGGGCCUUCUUCUUUCAGGGUGCAUGGCAGUGUUGUGAGAGGGAGGGAGGGAGUGUGUGUGUGUGUGUGUGUGUGUGUGUGUGUGUGUGUGUGUGUGUGUGUGUGUGUGUGUGUGGUAACUACACACAUAAAAUGCAUCCUUCCUUGAAGUAAGCAGUGAUCUAACACGAGUAGGUUCAUGAAAGCUAUAGUGGAGUCCCUACUUGUACCUGUACAGUCCUGCUAAAUCAGUAAUGACUUAAAGGUAAUGAGGAAGGAAAGGUUCAUUAGAACAGAGCCAAAGCCUUCGGCAUGGCUGACAGAGGAAAUGACUUACAGCAAAGACCUAUCCCACCUCUGACCUCUGUCACCUAUUAGGAAACCGACCAGUCACUAGGCCAGUGCAGCUUAGACCGUUGGCCCAAUCAGAUACUCCAUAACUGUUACACCUUGCACCUCCAGGUCCAUCAACCCCACCAGCCAUUGGACAGGGCUGCCCUGUCUCUAUCUCCAGGGACCAUCACUGUUCUGUGCUGGUUGAGUACGAGAAGAGAAAAUAAAAGAGAGGAGCGAAGCAGGCAGGCUUGAGCUCAUGGCACAUGGCAGGGAUACAGUGCAAUUUUUCUGGCUUUUUCCUCCAUACCUGCUUUCUCCUUAUUUGACUAUUUUAAUAAGCACCAUUGAUAUAAGUAUUCAUAUGAAGUCCAAUUAUCCAGAUAUUAUUCAAUAGACCAAAACAUGAAUGAUGUGUACUGUAUGCUGUUGAAAUGUUGCACUCAGGCCCUACAUAUUAAUGACACAUAAUGACCUUUUUACAUUUUAGUCCGCUUAUCUAUUUUAUCCGCUUUCUUUUUCUUUUCCCUGUUGAGCUACUUUUUGUAUUCUUGCGUUGGUGUCCAUUGGCCACUAUGUGUGUUAUUUAUGUCUCUCACUGCUUUUGUUUGUUUGCUUGUUUUAAAGGAAAUCAUGGUUUCUCUUUUCCUCUCAUGGGCAGUCAGUCGGUCAUUCAUUGAUAUUGUCAAGUGUUAAUGGUCAUCAGCCCUGGGUUCAAAUCUUUCAAAUACGUACAUAUAAUCUGGAUCUAACUGUGUCCCCUCAGGAAAGGACCAGAGAUCCCUGUAGACAGAAGCGAAUAUAGACAACUGAUUUGCAUACUGCCCACCGUAUACAGUACAGCAUAGAUGGACUCGCAACAAGCCCCCUUUUUGGGGGGGGGGGGGGUGUAUUAUGAUCAAGUACUGUGGUGGAUGUUGAAAUGUAUUGUAUUUAAAAUGAGAGAUUAAACCAUUGUGGGUCAUUUCCAUUAAAUGCUAUACAGCAUGUGACCUUGUACAUAUACUUUUGUAUGAAGAGUUUUUUGUUAAUAAAGACUUACAGUCCAAUAGCAUGGAUGUAUUGUAGCCCCGUUUA